AUGACAUUUACUUGUGGUACAAGUAAUGAAACGGGAACGUGUCCCUGCGACAACCCCGUCUGGGAUUACAGCGUGUUCACGAAAACUGUGGCGACCAAAUAUGGGAUGAUAUGCGAGAAAGCACUCUAUGUUAGUUAUAGUGAAAGCAUUUUAUAUUUCGGUUUGCUCAUAGGUGCUAUUGUAUGUGGAAGUUUGGCUGAUAGAUACGGGCGCCUAAUGUUAUAUGCUACAUGUCAGUUAAUCAUCGGCGUGGCAGGUUGCCUAGUGUCGUUCGCUCCGUCAUUUGCGAUCUUUUGCGUUAUGAGAUUCAUAGAAGGGUUCGGGUCCGGUGGUGCAAUCGUCACCGGCUUCGUACUGAGCGUGGAGUAUUGUGGCUCCUCAUUCCGCUCGUCUGUAUCUGCAUUCGUCCACAUCGCCGGUAACACGGGACUCAUCGUUAUGGCCGGCAUAUCAUACCUGCUCAGGGAUUGUGAUCAGUUCCAACUAGCUAUCUCUGUGCCUGUUAUGGCGUUCUUUUUCAUGAAAUUCAUACUCUUGGAAUCACCGAAAUGGUUAAUGGACAGAAACAGGACAGAAGAGGCGGUUAAAGUCAUGGAGAAGUUUUGUCGUUUGUGA